AUGGCGCCUAACGAGAUUGUAGUAGCGUUGCUCUUCGCUUUCAUCGACAUCGCUUGUAUCCAAGGGACGCACGGACGGACGUCCUUCUUCGUGUUUGUCUCGGAAGAUAUGGAAGAUCUCCGAAAGGCUCUGACUGAUGUGGACCUAUCGCUCUCGAAUCCAGUAACCAUACAGCAAGGUAAUAUUUAUUUAACUGAUCCCAACAACAGUGACAUAUACGGAUCAAUUAAACAGUUCACCGACGAGUAUUACUCACCUCAGGAUCAUCGUAAACCAUACAAAGUUGACUCGACUCUAGUCUUUGCGCCAGGAGGAGUUGAUGCAUGGAGAGAUGAAAAACAAAGAGCGUUAACGAUCGAAUCACAGACGUCCAACUACUCAAGCGGAUCCGAGCUCGAUGCCUUGACGGUCCAAGAAGGCAACGUUUACGAAACAGGCCCGAAUGACCGAAACAUAUAUGGCUCUAUCGCACAGGAAAAGACUGAAGUUUUUGUUUCACCUGAUAGUUUCCGACCAUCCAGCACUCAUACUCGCACCGCCUUUGCGCCGGGAGGUCCUGGAAAGCAGGGAGUAUCCUACGUAAAUUUAGAAAGACCUCAGUUCCACGGACUACCAAAUCAAAACCAGAAUCCCGGCAAUGGAGGUACAAUCCAUCGUGGAUCCUACACAUACCAGAAAGGCAACACUUAUAUCCUCGACCCGAAUAGCCACAACAGCUUCGGAUCGCUAACAAUGUAUAGGAACCAGGUAUUUAAAUCAGGUGGAGGUGAUAGCGAAGCUCCACAGAAUGGAGGCCAAAUUCCCACCGGUCAAGGUAAUAUCCAAUUGGGAUCUAUAACUGUACAGACUGGCAACACUUAUCGGAUCCGUUCUAGUAGCAGUAACUCCUUCGGAUCACGGACAGUUCAAGAGGGAAAUGUGUAUAUUAACCAGAAAACAUUAAACAAUACUAGAAACAGCACGAAGGCUCAAAACUAA